AUGUCUGGAUCUGGAGGUUCAAAAGUAAGAACUCCGAUCUUCUCCGAUGAGAACUAUGAGUUCUGGAGAAUCAAGAUGAUAACCAUCUUCAAGUCAUAUGGGUUGUGGGCUCUGGUGGAGAAAAGAAUUACGAUUCCAGAAUCGAAGAAGGAGAAGGCAGCUGAGGAAACAUCUACAGAGGAAGAUGAUGAGAAGAUGGCUGUGAUUCUUAUGAAGGAUGCAAAAGCUUUAGGGAUUAUUCAAAACUCUGUCUCUGAUCAGAUCUUCCCUCGCAUUGCUAAUGCUGAUUCAGCUAAAAUGGCAUGGAAUAUACUAUAUGGAGAAUAUCAUGGUGGUGACCAUGUCUGGUCUGUAAAGCUUCAAAACCUUAGACGUGAGUUUGAGUAUACUAUGCAUGAAAAUGAAUCUCUGUCUGUAUAUCUUACUCGUUUGAAUGAGCUGAUUAAUCAAAUGAAAACGUUUGGUGAAUUUCUAUCUAAUGAAAGGCUUGUUCAGAAGGUUCUAAUUAGCUUAAAUAAGGUUUAUGAUCCUAUUUGUCUGAUGAUUGAGAAUACAAAGAGUCUGGAAACAGUAGAUUUGCAGGAAGUCAUUGCCAUUCUAAAGAGUCAAGAGCAACGAUUUGAGCUGCAUAAUACUGAUACCGUUAAGAAGGCAUUUGCCUCAUUUUCCGUGAAUUCCAAAAGCCAGAACAAGGGAGGAUAUCAAUCUGGUCAGUCUAAGUCUCAGAAGAAUUGGAAUCCAAAAGGCAAACCGUGGGAAUCAAACUCCAAGCCUCAACACACCAAUUUUGCAUAG